UUUUAAUUUUGAUUGGAGAUUCUGAAAAGGAAAAAAUGGAAAAUGGAUAAAGUUGUAACAUAGGCUGAAAGCCUGAAACUCAGCACCUUCGCAGCUGCUUUGCUUGUCAUCCAAACAUCUUCUCCUACUUCAGUGAAAUCAUUUCUGUUUCCUCUCAUCUUUCAACGCAACUAUGGUUUUAAAACGAUUUCGAAAGCCCGAAACUGGGCUUGCAGCUUUGAAGUCAUUCAACUACGAGAAGUACCUGAAGAAAGUCGGGCUAGGCAAAGAAGACCACCAUUUCUGGAAGCAAGUGGGCAAGGCCCUUUUGUGCACGUACGCCCUCUUUGGCGCCGGUUGGCUCCUGAACGAAACAUCGCCUUUCGGCUGGUGGAAUUUGAAGCCCAGAACUAAGGAUGAAAGAGAUCUGGCGCGUUCGUACCAGCGCAGGAAUUUCCCGUACCCAGGUGAUGCAGAGGCUAUGGAGGACUUCAUCACUAAAGGAGGGAUGAUUGGUACGACUAUUGGGCCCAAAGGGUUCAUGGACACAGAUAAAGAUUCUUACAAUUAUCAGAAGGAAUUGCAGGACAAUAAGUUCGACCAGGAGGCUUUGAAGCUGUGGAUGAGGAUGAGGAAUGAGGUGAUAGCUGAGUUUCAAGAAAAAGUUGCCCCCAAGUUUACAGUAAACAAAAACAUCAAGUACAGAACAAAGGCCAUACAUGAGCAGGGCUAG